UUCAGCCCUCAAGGGACAUGACAAGUCAGAAAUAGCCCAAGUUGAAGGAGUAACUUUGAACAUACUCUUGUUCUCCCAGAGCCGGUAUGGCAGAAGCGAGAAAGAAAGAAAUAGGAUCGCAAUAUUCUGUAUGUAAAGAGAGAAUCUUUGUAAAGUGAGUCUGUGGUGGAAAUCCAUUAUCUGAUCUCAAUUCUAGCAAAAACCCAAUAUAAGUAUGGGAAAAGCGAAGUCAUUUAGGAGCAAAGCAGUUCACUUUGUGUCUGAUCUCACCACCGUCUUCCUGAACCCUAUCUCUGAUAAGCUCUCUAAGCAUCCUCCUUCUCCCCCUUCCACUGACGACCUGAGUGAACCAAAACGGAGUCAACUAGACUCUAUUACCGAAGAGGAUGAUGGGGAUUUAGUUGAUGGGCCAGAUACUUCUUCCUUUACUGCAUUCCUCUAUUCUUUAUUGUCAUCUUCGGAUACUGGAGAUAAUUCAAAUGCAGAUGAGAAAAAUGAUAAUACAGCAGAAAUGGUUGACCAGCUAUCUGAAAAUGUAAGGAAGGAGAGUGGCAUAAGGAAGGGCUUACUUUCUAGGGGUAAACAAUCUCUUAGAGCUAUUUACCAAGCUGCUAGAAUUGGUGGAUAUCGGAGCCAAGAGCGCAAGGGUGAAUCUGAUAUGAAAUUAGCUGAUGAGGGUGAUGAUAAUUUUGAUGGACUCGAAAUGAAACAUAUGCAGAAUGUGAUAGAGCCUGUUGAGUUGGGAGAUCUUCCAGGUGCUUCUGAGCCUUCAUUGCUGCUUUCAGAGAAAGCAAGAAGUGCUCUUUAUGCUUCACUUCCAGCACUUGUUCAAGGGAGGAAGUGGUUAUUGCUUUACAGUACGUGGAGGCAUGGGAUAUCACUAUCAACCUUAUAUAGAAGAAGCAUGCUUUGGCCUGGACUAAGUCUGCUGGUUGUUGGAGACAGAAAAGGUGCAGUUUUUGGUGGCUUGGUUGAGGCACCCCUAAGACCAACCAACAAGAGGAAAUAUCAGGGAACAAACAACACUUUUGUUUUUACAAAUAAACCUGGCCAUCCUGUGGUAUACCGUUCCACAGGUGCAAAUCGCUAUUUCACUUUGUGCUCUACCGAUUUUCUGGCAAUUGGUGGGGGUGGCCACUUUGCACUCUAUUUGGAUGAAGAUCUAUUAAAUGGAUCAAGCUCAGUCUCAGAGACUUAUGGGAAUCCGUGUCUUGCAAACUCUGAAGACUUUGAAGUCAAACAAGUUGAGCUUUGGGGCUUUGUAUAUGGUUCAAAGUAUGAGGAAGUACUUGCUUUAAGCAGAAUGGAGGCUCCUGGGAUAUGCCGGUGGUAAAUAUUUAAGCAUAUGGCAGAUCUUAUUUGAUUAUGAUUGUCGAUAUGGAUGAGCUGGUUUUAUUUGAUGGGGUUGAUUUAUGCUCAACGGAUACUCAUUCGGUGAAACGGCUCAUUCACUGUUAACCUUUGUACAUAGAGCCUGUAUGUAUGAAGAGUGUUUAGAAGUAAUAUUGAAAGUUUUGUAACUUUGGACAUUGACAGUGUGGUGGCUAAUAAUAUAUAAGCUUAACAAUACUUUCAAACUUCA